GCGAACUAAUUUGUCGCACUGAGAAUGUGUCUCCCUCUCAAGUCGCUUCAGUCCGUCCGAACCAACCGUGUGCCCGUUCGUCCACUUGAUGAGUCGGGCGCAAUGGGACAACAACACAACAGCAACAGCAGGGAACAGGCAGUCGCUUACUGCUGGCGGCCCAACGAGCUUGAUAAACGCACCCUGCCCCGAUUACGUACGAUUAGAUAAGAUGACCUAAGGAAGAAAGAUGACAAACACGAGAUGGUCCAACCGUCGGCUGCCGGCCUUGCGCGGGUCCCCGCCGGUGGGAACUUUAUCAGUUGUUGCCACAUCGUACCUGAAAGCGAAAGCCAAUCCUCGACAAUGCCUCUCGAUCUGUACUACAACAUAAUAUCUCCGCCGUGCCGAGUGGUGCUGCUGUUUGCGAAAUGGUUGAAGCUCGACCUGAACCUCAUCGAGCUGGACGUGCUGAAGCGGGAGCACUACAAGCCCGAAUUUCUGAAGCUAAACCCCCAGCACUACCUGCCCACCCUGGUCGAUGGGGACGUCGUGGUCUGGGAGUCCAGUGCCGUGUUGAUCUAUCUGGCAGAAAAGUACAGCACGGACGACACGCUCUACCCGAAGGAUGUAGCGCUGCGCGCCAAAGUGAACCAACGGUUGUUUUACGACAUCGGCACGCUGAUGCGCAGCGUCACCACGUACUACCAUCCCAUCCUGAUGGGAGGCGAAGGCAAGCUGGAAGACUUUAAGAAGGUGCAGGAUGCGGUCGCGGUACUGAACAGCUUCCUGCAUGAUAGCCGUUGGACGGCCGGGGAGCAUAUAACGGUGGCCGACUUUGCGAUCGCCGUCACGGUUGCGGCCCUAGACGGCUUGCUGAACUUUGACUUUACCGUCUACCCGAACGUGCACCGAUGGUACGAGCAGUGCAAGCGGGAGCUCGUCGGCUACACGGACAUUACGCGGGAAGCGGCCCAAAAGACGCAAGCCUUCCUGGAGCGAUUUCGUGCGAUGCGAACUGCCGAGCAACAGCAACUUUGUCAGCAGCAGCACCCGCAACAACAGGCGUGCAAAGAGCAGGGCCAGGAAGAGCCGAGCGAUCCUCACAAGCAACAGUACACCGAGCUGCAGACGCCGCAGAAGCCACGCGCACGCGACAGCCCUAAACAUGGUGCGCCUGCCGACGAUAAGCCCGUCGCAACAGCUGGCCCGAGAUCGGAUGAGUCGUCGAAAAUGUCUACCGAAGAUUAGGCUGCUCCGAUUUCGACCCAUGGACACCCUCCUGCGUUCUGCAGCAGAGCAUUGUGACGUGAUAAACAGUGUACGCCGUGCGGCUUCUGUGCAACAGCGUAACCAUGAAGUCAAUAAAUGUGGCCAAACGUGCCACGCUGCUGCUUAUCACCCGACCGCGCCGUUGGUGAGAUGCACAACGUUUA